AUGAAUCGAGUGAGAAAUCGACAAGGGUCGAAGGCUGAACUUGACUGUGCUAACAACUUCUCGUUUCAAAGGUACACAAUUGACUUGGCUUUGAAUGCGUUUGUGAUGGAUGCCACUGCGCCAAUGGAGUCUCACAUGUUUGGAAAAUGGGAUUACACAGUGUUUGGUAUCAUGGUAGCCGCCUCGGUGAGUACUGGCAUAUACCACGCCAUAGUCGGCAGACAUGAUAGACUGGAGGAGUACUUCCUGGCUGGACGCGCUAUGCCCUUCUUCCCCAUAGCGUUGUCGAUGCUGGCUUCGUUCACGUCCAUCAUUACCAUGCUUGGAGCAUCAGGAGAGGCGUAUAGUAAUGGCAUCAUGUGGGUUCUCAAUGAAAUAGCGCACUCUGUGGGAAAAGUUAUAGACAUGUGCCUCCUGCUGACCCUUCUGAAGAGACUGAACUUAUCAAGCCCAUUUCAGUAUAUCGAGGGUCGCUUCAAGUCCAGACUUCUCACCCUCAUUGUGACGGUGGCGUCUUGUGUACACAAUAUGUUCUACAUGAGUGUAAUCUUGUUUGGACAGGGAAUGGCAUUGCAGGCCGUGACAGGGUUCUCCACACUGGCAUCAAUCUUAGUGACGUCAGCGGCAGCUAUUCUCUACACUUCUAUUGGUGGCCUGAAAGCGGUGAUAUGGACAGAUGUUCUCCAGUACACCCUUAUGUUUACUGGGAUACUAGCAGUCACAAUAAAGGGCACCAUUGACGUAGGAGGAGUGCAGGAGAUAUGGAGCAGGAUGAGGUCUGGAGGAAGACUUACUUUCAUAUAUGACUUUGACCCGACUAUCCGCCACACUGUGUGGAUCGUAGGAUUUGCCGGAAUAUUUAAUCCACUUGGUCUUCUUUUCCGACCUGCCUAUCUUCAGCGUAUUGCCGCCACGAAGUCACUCACCGACGCAAGAAGGGCGAUGAUGAUUGGCCUUCUCUGCAGUCCCUUAUUCGGAAUCCUUUGCGUCAUCAGUGGCCUUGUGGCAUAUGGUUACUAUGACUACAAGAGAUGUGACCCUGUAGCAUCCAAUCAGAUCGACAAAAGUGAUCAGGUAUUACCUUUCAUGACGAUCGACAUUUUCCGAAACAUGCCAGGAAUGCCAGGACUGUUUCUUGCAGCACUCUACAGUGCGUCUCUCAGCUCAUUAUCAUCAGGACUAUCGGCCCUUGCGAAUAUAACAUGGGAGGAUUUCGUAAAACCACGUGUUUCUGCAAUGUCGGAGUUCAAACAAAUGGCUGUUGCCAAAGUCUCAGUGGUGGCGUGGGGUGUUGCUAUUUGUUGCGUGGCGAUAUGCGUGUCAUCCAUGAAAUCCAUCCCCCUACUUCAGAUCUAUUACAGCGCCAACUCAAUCAUUGCUGGGCCAAUGUUCAGCCUAUUCUACCUCGGUGCCAUGUUCCCGUUUGUCAAUACAAGAGUAUGUAUACAUUGCUGAUUUGCCCACAUCAAUGCAC